AUGAUUUCUAUCAGCCGUUGCAACGGCUCACUUCCCAUUGGUACCGAUACAGCGAGGCUGCAAGCCACAUUGGAGUACCAUCAGCUUGAAGACGAGAAUGAGACAAUCACGGCUCAAGCGCCUGACGAGAUUGCGCCACCGUCGGUUAACUUUUGGUCCAGAACCGCCACUCUAGGGCUGUCUGCUCCAAUCAUCUAG